CUCUCUCCUGUUUUUUAUAUAUUCUUCACUUUACACUUACUUUUGUCCACCUUCAAAGUUAAAAAAUCUCGAGCACUCACCACCACCUUUCCAAUUCAUUACGCAAGAAAAAAGCUUUCUCCGGCACAAUGGCUUCAUCGUUAGGGUUUAAGGUAACCAUACUUUUAGCACUCUUCGCCACCGCAUGUAUGGCACAAGCACCAGCUGGUGCACCCAAGGUUUCACCCACCGCCACACCCACACCAGCUCCCUCGGUGGCGCCACCCACUGCUACACCAUCUCCAUCUCCAUCUCCAGCUCCGUCCGCUCCAUCUCCAGCCCCAGGGACCAGCCCUACCCCAUCACCCAGCGGUGAAACUCCAUCCCCAUCAACCGCACCAGGCGCUGCUUCACCAACUGCACCUACCCCAGCCGGACCCUCCGCUGAUCAGCCUCCAUCUUCCGGACCCUCCGCUGAUCAGCCUCCAUCUGAUGGUACUAACGCCGGUUUCGUCCAGAGAGCCGCCAUCGGUGGCACCGUUCUUGCUACAACACUUCUUGCUGUGGCGUUGAUGUAGUUUUCGACACGUGGAGGUUUGUCGGGACAUAGAUCUGUACUUCUUUGGACGGAUGUGAUUCAUUUUAUCCAUUUGUUGGGUUUAAUAGUAAUUUUCCUUUUCCCCUUGUCUUUAUUCUCUCCACCCCUUCUUUUCUCUAUGGUAUAUUUGUCGUGAUUGUUCAUUUCAUUGUACUACAUUGGAUUUUAGAGGAUCAUUUGUUUUUAAGAUUAUUUGUAUAUGACUCUUUGGCUUUAUUCCAUAAAUAGAUUGAAUCUUAUUCUUUUA